GGCUUUUUUUGGCGUGUUUGAUGGACAUGGAGGUGCCAGAGGUGCCAAAGCUGCGGAGUUUGCUGCGAAUAACUUGGAAAAGAACAUCUUGGAUGAGGUUAUCAUGAGUGAAGACCAAGAUGUUGAGGAGGCAGUGAAGCGCGGUUACCUCAAUACUGAGUCUGAGUUCAUGAAACAAGAUCCCCAUGGUGGUUCUUGUUGUGUAACAGCAUUGAUUAGGAACGGUAACUUAGUUGUAUCUAACGCUGGUGAUUGCCGUGCUGUCAUUAGUAGAGGAGGGGUUGCAGAGGCCCUAACAUCUGAUCAUCGACCUUCCAGGGAAGACGAACGGGAAAGAAUUGAGACCUCGGGUGGUUAUGUUGAUUUAUGCCGUGGUGUUUGGCGGAUUCAAGGAUCUCUGGCUGUAUCUAGAGCUAUCGGAGACCGACACCUGAAACAAUGGGUGACUGCAGAGCCUGAAACUAAAGUUAUCAGCAUUGAACCUGAAUAUAUCUUAAAAAACAAGCUAAACAAUUACAAAAUUAUGAUCAAAAUCAAUCAUCAAUUCAUCAUAAUAACAAUAACAGGUAAAACAAAGUUUUCUAAGAAUCAACAACAGUAAGAAAAAAAUCAUGAAAAAAAAACCUGUAAAGCUCUUCAAAACUGAGACUGCUAGCAUUCUUAUUAUAUAUCUCAUGAAUUGCAUGCUCCAGAAUCUUCCAAGUAUGUUCAGCAUAUCUCGGAUCCAUGAUAACUCUGUGCUUGAAAGCCUCAAUCUGAAAAUUCCUCUUCCUCUGGUUACUCAUCUAACGAAAACUCUCUUAACCUAGAUUUCAAAAACCUUCAAAUUCAACAGAAAAGGUACCAAGAACUCAGUGAAAAAUGGGUUGAGAUUGGAUUCGAAGUUGUGCGUGCAAGAAUGAGAAAGUGCGAAAGUUGCUUCGUUUUUUCUUUGGUUUAACGUUUUGCAGUUGAAUGAAGUUCAACGGGUUUUAUGCUAUCAAGUUUUAGGUUUCGUUCAACGGAUACAGAGGUAGAAAUGGGAAA